ACACAGUAAAAAAUCAAAACAAAUUACACAAAUGUUUUCAUGAACAUACGAAAUAACGAUUGUAAAUUAAAAUGGCAAAUAAUAUAACUAAUGCUUACGAUGGUAAAUGCAGGUUUUGUUUAUCUAACGGCAAGCAUAGAGACAUAAUGAAAGAAUACAAUUCGAAUGGUGUUCGCGAAGUUUAUCACGAGUUGUUUCAGGAAUGUUUUAAUUUAUAUAUAUGCAUAAAUUCACCCAGAAAUUCCCUCAUAUGCACCGGUUGCGUGCAGAGUUUACAUGACGCGUGCAGCUUCCGUACGAUGGUUGUGGCGUCUGAGAAACAACUGACGAACACGCUGGACGAAAAAGAGACGUUAUUUGUCAACAUGGGAGAAGCACGUGAUAUGGAUGUACAUGUAAAAGAAGAAUUUGAUGAAAACGAUCUUGCAGAAAACAACUUUGAAGUUAAAGAUGAACCAAAUGAUAUGUGCACUGAUGAUAAAAGCACAGAUGAAUACGAUAUAUUUGAGACUUUGUCAGAAAGUGAAGAUGAUAUAGUCGAGGGAGAAGCGGAGCUGCUGGGGCGAUUUUCGCCCGAUAUUUUAAAACCAUUACCCACCAAACAGACGCUGAGAAAUAAUCAAUUUUUCAAGGAACUGGAAAUUUUGAAAGAUAAAGUAAUAACAGCGCAUUCAAUAAAAUCUUUAAUAGAACCAGCACCCAAAAGUGAACCAUCCAAAAUAUACAUAACAGAGAAAGUGGCUCACGUUGUCAACGUGUCAACGAUUCUAGAGCAUUCAAACCUAACAGCUUUCAAGACAAAGAGGCGAGCUGGAUAUCCAUGCUUCUACUGCAGUCGGAUUUGCGACAGCUUCGACCAACUGCACGACCAUCAAAUGCACGAGAAAUGCAGAAGAAACAUCAAGAAAAUACUCGACAAGAUACCCGCGGAGAGUUUAGUGGUCUACGUCCACAUAACAGAGAUAAAAUGCACGAUAUGCGAUCAAACCAUAACAAAUCUAAACGAACUGAAGCUACAUCUUAACCGGAUACACAAGAAGAAACUCUACGCUGAAUUCGGUGAUAGGAUUAUACCGUUUAAGCUGACGAAACUGAACCAGUACGAGUGCUUCAACUGUGGCUUCAAUUUCGAGACAUUUGGGGCUAUCGAGCGGCACAUGAACACCCAUUAUAGGAACUACGUUUGCGACCAAUGCGGAGCCGGCUACGUCACAAAGAACCGUCUGAAAGUGCACCUGAAAUACUCGCACGUACGCGGAAACUUCCCGUGCGACGUCUGCAAGAAAACCUUUUACACGCAAUACAAAUACAAGUCGCACGUCGACGCUGUGCAUAAGAUGGUCAAGAAGAACAAAUGCCCGAAGUGUCCCGAAAGGUUUUCGGACUAUUUCGACCGCCACAAACACAUGGUGGACGCCCAUGGGGACCCACCAUUGAGAUAUCGGUGCAAUGUGUGCGAUUCCUUGUUCAAACGCCGCUACGCUCUGUCCUGUCACAUGAAACGCCGCCAUUUGGAUGUCAAAGACAUCGAGUGCGGUUUGUGUUCUUACAAGUGCUACACCGGUACCGAGCUAAAAGCUCACAUGGUUAAACACAACGGUGAGAGGACUUACGUGUGUGUUAUUUGCAAGAAGUCUUACGCCAGAAAGAAGACAUUGAAGGAGCAUGCGCGUAUACACAAUAAUGACAAGAGGUUUGUCUGUGUGGUGUGCGGACAGGCAUUUGUGCAGAACUGCAGUCUGAAGGGCCACAUGAAAUCACAUCACAUCGAUUAUAUGAAUAAGAGAAGCUAAUCGCGACAUUUGAAGUAAUACAGCUUUUGUGACAGAACUCUUGCGGUGAACUACUGCCAUUGACAUUUCAAGUAGUAGACCUUUUUGAGACGAAACUCUUCCGGCGAACUCUUGCCAUUGCCAUUUUAAGUGCCUAGUAGAACUUUUUGUGACGGAACUCUUCCGUGGAACUACUGCCAUUGACAUUUUAAGUAGUAGAACUUUUUGUGUCGGAACUCUUCCGGGGAACUACUGCCAUUGACAUUUUAAGUAGUAGAACUUUUUGUGUCGGAACUCUUCCGGGGAACUACUGCCAUUGACAUUUUAAGUAGUAGAACUUUUUGUGUCGGAACUCUUCCGGGGAACUACUGACAUUGACAUUUUAAGUAGUAGAACUUUUUGUGUCGGAACUCUUCCGGGGAACUACUGCCAUUGACAUUUUAAGUAGUAGAACUUUUUGUGACGGAACUCUUCCGUGGAACUACUGCCAUUGACAUUUUAAGUAGUAGAUCUUUUUGUGACGGAACUCUUCCGUGGAACUACUGCCAUUGACAUUUUAAGUAGUAUAACUUUUUGUGACGAAACUCUUCCGGGCAACUACUGCCAUUGAUCUUUAAAUUAUAAAAUUUUUGUGACGAAACUCUUCCGGGGGAACUAAUAACAAGCAUUGAUGUUUUCCUGUCUGUAGGGUGUUAUUGUAACCUACGGGCCAUAGAAUCAAGAACAUACAGAAACCUUGUACACAAACUAAAUCGAAGCACCAAAAAUCACUCUUUUACAAAUAAUGAAAUAAAAUAUAUAUGAAUGAACGCUUCAUAAGUGCCUGUCAUUUGU